AUGAAAAAGGAAGAUGGAGAGAAAGACGUUUCAAAGUUGUGUUCAAGUAACGGCCAGUCCAAACCUUGCCUAACAGAAAUCACGUAUAAGGUUUACUACUUUCUAUUUUAUGGCUCCAUUGGCAGUUCUAUUCCGUUUCUGGCUGUGUAUUUCAAGCAACUUGGACUUAGUGCCGGUCACGCAGGUGUAUUGAUCGGAUUAAGACUCCUAAUGGAAUUCAUCGGUGCGCCAUUGUGGGGAUGGAUCGGAGAUAAGUAUAAUGUGCGAAAAAUUAUUUUAUUCUUUUCGGUGGCGUCAUUCUCUGCAGGGACACUGCUGGUUCUGAUUGUUCAACCAGAGAAUCAACAGUGCAUCGAAACAAGAGGAAACAAAACGUUAAUAUAUCCAUUGACAUUUCUUCCUGAAGGUGGAGUUAUGAUAUUAGGUCAACCCAUAGAAAAGGCAUCUCAACUUCCACGAUUUUACAACAAGAGUCACGUGACAACGUCUACCUGGAAAGUCGACGAAACCGAACUUAAGAAAAUCUUCUUUAUUUGUUUCGGUUUAAUUUUCGUCUGUCAGAUUUUGGGCUCUGUGGUUUAUAUCAUGCCUAAUGUUUUGCUUAUUGGACUCUUGGAGGGGAGAUCAGACAAAUUUGGAACUUUCCAAAUGUGGGGCGAAUGCAGCGUCGCCGCUAGUUCAUUUCUUGUUGGAGGAGUCAUCAGCUUGUACGAAUCAGAAGUUUGCGGCAAGAUCGUGUCGAACUAUCACAUUUCCUUCUAUUUCUUUGCUGGUUUUAGUGCACUUUCCCUGGUUACCAUAUUUUUCAUGCAUGCGAAAUAUUCUGAUGAUGAAUUAUCACAGAGCGCUAGUAUUUGGACCCUCGUUAAGGAACUUCUUCUCUAUCGUAAUAUAAUAUUCAUUGCGUUAGCAUUUUAUUUAGGAGUCCUUGUCGGGUUGCAUGAGCACUUCGGACUGUGGUAUCUGGAUGACCUUGGAGCUCAGCCCUAUAUGUUAGGAAUUGCCGCUGGUUUCCGUUACGCCGUCGCAUCUUUGGGGUAUCUAUUUUCAGGGACUAUCAUCACCAAGAUUGGACCAGCACCGACUUCAGCUGUCUGCCUGGCAUUGUACGUAGCGAUUUACAUGGGAUUUGCUUUUGUCCUAAACCCCUGGAUCGGUGUGGUAUUAUUUGUUUCUCAGGGAAUCAUGUACUCACUGGGCUGGGCGACCUGUGUUGUGUUUGGCGCCGCAGUAUCUUCAAAAGCUGGAUUCCAUGGAGCGAUUCAAGGUAAUGCUAUCUUAUUAUUCAAAGGGAGUCUCAAUUCUGAGAUGCUUUAGUUUUAAAUCCAGACAACCUUCUCUUGAAAACUGACAUUAGAAAUAAGUGUAAGGAAUGAGGUAUGUUUAAAAAUGCCUAAACAUAUUAACAUCCAAGAGACCCUUUAAUUAAUUCAAUUAUAAAUGUUUUGGCUUUCUAUAUAGAGAGCAAUCGAAUUUUUUUCAAUUAAAUCUCUUUAGAUAAGAGAAUCUUGUAAACGCCUGUUCAUCGCUCAACAGUGACAUGGGUAUUAUAGAACGUUGUUUCAAUAAGAGCUUUACAAUGAGAGUAUUGCUACCACUGUGAUGUUGCCAAGAUAGCAGUGGUUAAAACAUUUAUGAAAGGAAUAUAAAUCUGCAAUGGAUAGUUAGUACAGUUAUGCCCAGGGGUUGAAAUCUUAGAGAAGUAAUGAGGCUUUUUAAGAAAUGUGCAAAAAAAAUCAAAAGGUUAUUUUCGCAUAAGGAUGCACAAGAAUAAGAAGGUCUUCAAGAAGGUCUUCCUUUGGUUCAUAGUUUUUUAAAUCUUUUUAAUUAAAAUUAAUACUACUCUAUGUGAAUUUACGGCCUACUAAAGGCCAUUUCACCUUUAGUUGUUAUUGCGCAAGUUUAUGUUGUGUUUUUCUUAGUUUUUGGGUAUGGUAAUGUAUGCAAAUGUACUUGAAACAAAGGAAAAGUAAAAAUUACCUGAGAUAAAGUAUUAACUACAACAUAUAUUUGUUUUAUACAUCACAUUUGUUUUGUCUCCCAUAGGGGUCCUUGGAGGAUUUCACUGGGGUCUUGGUGUGGGAUCAGGAAUAAUGGUCAGCGGUCUCGUUAUUAACCAGGUCGGCGUUCCGAGGACGUAUUUUAUUUUUUCUUUGAUAUCAGUUGCCAUACUAGCUCUGUUUUUAUUUGCGUACUGGGUGGCAAGUUUUAAAAAAGAUACUGGUGAUACUGGAUACAAACUAAUAGAAACAGAAGAAAAGGAAAAUCCUUAA